AUAAUGAAGAGAUCAAAUGGUAGUAGUAAUGUGGGGAGGACAGAGAGCGAGAAGGAGAAGACGAAGAUGAGAGAGAGGAACAGAAGGGCUAUCACCACCAAGAUCUUUCAGGGCUUGAGGAAACACGGCGGUUACUGCCUUUCUCCUCGCGCCGACAUCAACGAGCUUCUUCGCCACCUCGCCAGUGAGGCUGGCUGGGUCAUCCUUCCUGACGGAACCACUUUCCGCUCUUCCUCCACCUCCUCCUCCAAUGGUUUGAGUUGCUGUGCUAUGUGUGGGACCGGGAUAACGAGCAACAAUACGACGCCGUGCAGCUCUGUUGUGAUGGGUGGUGGGGGUGGUGGAGGAGAGUACUGUGCUUCAACCACUGCGUCGCCUAUAGGAGACUCUAUGUCUAUGUCUAUGUCUGUGUCUAUGGUGAACAGCAACAUUAACAAGAUUGGAUUUGGUGGGUCCACGAGUAGUUCGCUGCCCGAAGAUGACAAUAGUCCACUAGAGCUCUACAUCUACGAUAAUGGGCUUCCCAGUGGGCUCCACCACCACCCCUCCUCCGCUUCUGGUGGCUGUGUUGGUGGGCCGUUGGUAAUGGGACCCCAAUAUCCUCAGCAGCAGCAGCAAAGUCAGUUGUACGUGCAGGAAGCCAUGGCGUCCAACCAGAACACGCCGGUGGGUUCACCUCUGGGUCGCGCUUGAUAAGAAGUUAGAAAGUUGGAAACUUCUUUUGAUUCUGUGGUACUAGGAGGCUGAAAUUGGAAACAAUUAGAAUAGUAAUGGAAAAGAAUAGAAGAAUAGGAAAAAAAACAGGUAUCGAUGUGGGUUUUCUUAAUUUUUUUUUUUUUUUUUUUUUGCUUAAUUGAUGAAGAAGAAACCCAGUUUGUAAUUAGUAAUAGUUUCUGGAUUAAUAUUACUAUAUCUCUUUCUCUUUGGCUUAGGGUUGUGGCUCAUAUUAAUGGUGCAAAAAAAAAGUUAUUAGGAACA